UACGGCUCCGCAGCUUUCACGGCCUAGCAGCGUCCUCCGCGGAUUGUGCUUCCGGCGUGAAGGUUACGGGCAAGAUGGUGCCGCCGGUGAAAGUCUCCCCACUCAUCAAGCUGGGCCGUUACUCCGCCCUGUUCCUCGGCGUGGCGUACGGAGCCAAGCGCUACAGUUACCUGAAACCUCGGGCAGAAGAGGAGAGGAGGAUAGCCGCUGAGGAGAAAAAGAAGGAGGAUGAACGGAAACGGAUUGAGAGAGAACUGGCAGAAGAUGACAGCAUACUAAAGUGAGCCUGCCUUUCUCUGGAACCGUGUGGAUGAAUAAAGCUUUCUGUGUUGUCUGAUGCUC